AUGGCUUCAUCCUUGGCCGAUCAAAUUCUUGAAAGUUCCACGACGAACGACUCGGUCCGUUCAAACUCACAUAUACAACUUGAAACCUUGCCACCAGAAAUCAGAGUCCAGAUUCUCCUUCUACUCAAUGUUGAAGGACUUAAAUCACUAGUCCAAGCAUCACCCGUUUAUCACGACCAGUAUCGUCUAGAUCGCAAGCGCCUUCUCCUCAACUGCCUGGCGACCACACUGGGCAGCAUUUUCUUCGAAGCUUGUAUUGUCCAAGAGACUAGCUCAGUGAGCUUCUCGCAGACGCGCAACCACGAUAGCAUCCUUGAAUAUUUCGGGUCUCUCACGAAGCGGCGCUGUCACUCAGAUUUUAUGCCAGCAGGACUGACAUUGAAUGAUGCCAUAGAUAUGGUAGCCUUUUAUCUCUCAGUCCUAAAACCUUUCGCACGGCACUAUUCUGCGUGGGCAUUACGCAACCUAGCUAAAGAGCCGGAAGCAACACACACUAAGAUAGAUGAAGACCUGAGUGAAUCGGAAAAAUCUAGGAUAAUCCGCGCUCUGUAUCGCUUUCAAUUAUGCAGCAACGUAUUCGGCGUGGGACCCAAUAAGGACGAGCUUGAUCUCUUCAGGAUAAGGUUUCAACUCGGUGAUGACGAGAUUCUAAAGCUGCUGGAAGACUUAUGGGAACCCUGGGAACUGGAGGAGAUUAAUUGCAUCAAUGUCUUUGCGGAAACAAAAUGUCGUGAGAUUCAUGAUGCUGUGACCUGGGAUUUCAGUGAGAGGAAUCCUCGGUUUGAUGACCAGGAAAGACCGCCUACUCCGGAUGGGGCGGUGGAUAUACCACAGCACAGCCGUGCUUAUUUGAUCGGGACUAUUACACAGGGCCUCGAGCGGUUGCAGACUAUCUUCUUCAAGGUUAAAGAGCACGCGGAGUUGGUCAAUGUAAUGGAGCAGACUUUGGUUCUUUGGCUCGAGGAGUUCCUCGAAGGAGAUGUUCACGGCGCGUUCACCCACGCGGCGCAAAGUGGACGUCGAGUUAGGGCACCUUCUGAGCGGGAUAUGAAAGAGGAGCGAAGGGAGCCGUUGCCUUUCCGGGGUGAUAGGCUGGACGACUACUAUUACUCUAACGGAGCGUACCCGCCAUUAGCAUGGACGCUUUUGUGGAAAGGAACAUAUAGCAAUAUGUUAGGAAGCUAUAUACCUGAUGAAUUCCACAUGUGGGGGUAUGUUAUGUGGGAUGCGGCCCGGUUGGAAUGCACCGGUGCAAAGGAAGUAUUGGCAAGAGGAUGGGACUUGAUGUGGGGUGAGGAUGAAGAUGCGAGAGACCAGAGAGAAUUUUUCUGA